AUGGAGCAACUUGCUCAACUGGUGCGCGAGGUGGAGCGCGUGGUCACCGCGCCUUACGUGCCCUCACUACAGGGUCUCUAUGAUCUGUUGCAGCAAGGCUGCCUGUCAUCGAUUGAAUCAUGGGCGUUGUGUAAGCCUUGUCAGGUCGGUCUAGUUGCCGAUGUUUUGGUCGACGCCUUAUCGCGAUCGCGCGUCGCCGUGCCUUUGGUCGCGGCAUUUGCCUCUACACGGGCUGUACGGGAUGCCAUUUUAGAGCGUCACCCGGUCAUAUUAGACAAGUUCCUUGAAAAGGCCGUCAAUGGCGAGUCUAACUACGACUCGGCAUGUAUUGCUUUCUUCAAAUCACCUCUUCCAGAGGGCUUCGUGCCACCUGUCCGCAUCGCUGUCUUCAUCUCCAAGCUGGUGAGCGCGAUGGUAGCCAACCCAUGCGCUGAUACUGUGGCGCCAAUCCACGCACUUAUCGCCGGACUGAAAGGCUCACCGCGAGUCCUGGAUGAUAUACCGACGGAAAUCAUGUCUGGGCUCCAGACCGAAUUCACUAAAACGCUACGCAACCUAGAUGACCAUAUGGGGAACAUACUUUGCUUAUCCACAUUUGCCCAGAUCGCCACGACACGACUUGCAGAGCCACAGAAUCAACACGGAUCAGAACGCCAGUGGCUGCUUAACAUUAGGCACUUCUUCGGCCCCAAACGAGGUAUCAAGACCCUGGAUUUGGUCGUACUGCGGGUCAUUCUGGCUUGCUCGUCAAGUUGUAACCUGGGGCCGCAGGAUGCUGCUACUAGCAUUCGGCUCGCAAUUGAUAUUGCUGGUGCCAUUGAACCUGCACAGAAGCAGGCUUGGGUCGCAAGCAACUCCGCGAAGAUCUCCAAGCUAUGCGAAAAGGCUGCGAAGGAUGGCUUGGAUCAUGGAAUUCAAAAGAUGGCUAUUGUCUUUUUGCACGCUCUUCUUCCAGCGCAGUCUCUAUCGUCCCAGCUACGAGGGCUUGGCCUUCGGACCCUUCUGUCGAAUGACAGCCAUGAAACAUUGGAGUUGAUUUCACCACAGCUCAUCACACGUCUUGCAGGCUCAUUAGCUGCCACGGGAGAACCUGCUACUCGUGAGAUUGUUGCAUUUGUGCUGGGCACUUUCAAGGGAAGUGAAUGGAAGAACAUGCAAUCAUUAGCAACCCUACGAUUGGCCCACUUGAUCCUGGCUGGCUUACGGGAGCUAGACUUGGAAGCAACCGGGUUCAAUCUAAAUAGCUCGAUUAAUCCUCUCAGGCAGGCUGUAGGGGAGACCAUCGAGCAUUUCCCCCGAACACCCAGCGAGAGUCAAUGCAGUAAUUCGGCCAUAUGCACAUCUCAAUUAUGCAUGAUGCAAAACCGGCUGUUCUUAUCCCUCAUGGCGCUCUACAACACCUUCUCUUUGAAACAAAAUGGAGGUGACAUUGUGAUGGAAUCUUUCCUUGUCAAAGUGGAAGAUUCCUUGCCCGAUGUUCGCUGUGGGUUCUCCACAACAUGUCCCGCAAGCCAUGGAGGCAGCUUUAGCUUGCCCGAAACCAGCAGAUCGUCAUCCACUCGUAUUGAUCGGAAUUGGCGCGCUGGCAUCACAAAUGUGUUUAUGCAGAAUGCCCAAACCCACCAUGACAACAUGAUGAGAAAGAUUGAAGAGACUUGCUUUGAUCUCGAACGACGCUGUGAGGAUGUGGAAGGGCCUAUACGGAUCGUCGAAGAGGAGCGCGACCGAUAUGCACUAGAAGCCCGGCACCUCAGAGAGCGAACUGAGGAGUUGAUCAAGGAAUUGAAAGAAAAGAGCGAUGAAGUGGACGCUGCGCGAAGAACGUCCUCCGAGCAUCUGACCGAAUUCGGCCAUGAGCACACCCGCCUAGAGCAACUUCUUCAAGAACAAUAUUCUCAUCGCGACGAUCUGAUGAGAUCCAUUGAGACUCUGCGGUUUGACCUCCAGGAGCAGCAAACUAGCUCCGAAAACGCCAUUGUCUCGGAGAGAGAUAAGAACCGCUCCAAGGAAUUAGAGCUAAUGGCUACUAUCACUGCGAAAGAUGACCAGGUUGAAGAACUUCAGGAAGAGUUGGUCAAGAUGAGAUCAAUGUAUGAGCAGACAUGUCAAACCCUUGCGCAAGCCUCGGAGGAGAAUUCAAACGCCCGUGAGACGUCGGGAUCUUUGGAGCUCGAGCUUGCUGGUGCUACGCAAAGCUUAGAGCGAUUCAGGCUCAUGAAUGCGGAGAAUGAAGACAGAAUCAGUGACCUUGUAGGUCUUACUGCUCAAAAGGAUGAUCAGAUCAGUCUCCUACUUGCCAGGGAACAAGACCUGCGAAAGGAACUCGGGUCUUUGGAAACUUCCGUUGAACAACAAGCUAGUGAACACGAGAAGCUCCAAUCUGCCUUCCAGCAGUCUGAAGUGAGGUCACAGGCCGAGAUUGAGAAGCUUAACCGAAAAGCAGAAAAUCAAGCUUCUCGGACCGCCAAUCAAAUAUCAAAACAAAAAGCGGAAAACCAGCGUUUGCAAGCGGAUAUGCAAGCUGCCGCCCUUGAGGCCGCAAACGAUGCCCAGUCAAAGGACAAACGUAUCCACCACUUGGAGAGAAAGGUACAAGCUUUGCGCGACGAGCGCGCCGCCAAGGCCCGAGAGUUCUCAGAAGCGCAACAGCACAUCGGGCGUCUGAUGGGCGUGAUGGGCUUCUCGUCAAACGCUCCAGAAUCAACCCCCAAGCAUCAACGCACCAGGUCCAACCCCUACCAAACGCCGGCAGCAAGGUCCCCUCAACCAAUCAGCGAGGAUGAGGAUGAAGAUGAAGAUGAGACACAGCCACAGUCUUCUCAAUACAUGCCCACGGAACCCACACCUAAACGCCCAAGGAGCAAUCACAAAACAACGGCAGCCCGUGCCCCCAGUGCAUCGUCCGCGACUAUGAUUCGAAAGAGUCCACCGGCUACAUCUCGCUCUGCUCGCAGGCCACUAGCGGCUGCUGCUGGAAACAGCCCGGCCAAGAUCCCGUCGAGCAGUGGGUGGAAGAGUAGUCAGGUUGACGCGGUGCCGGAUACUCCGGCCCAGGAGAAUGUUGCGGAGAAUCGUCUCCAGAAUCUGGAUCUUGAUAUGGAUCUUGAGUUCUCGAAAGAAUUCCUCUUUUCCGGCACUGCUUUCACGGGCUCGAAUGAACGUGCUGAGGGGCAGUGA